AUGCACUUAAAUAUACACCCUGUUAGAUUUGAAAUUUUAAAUUAUAAGAAAGUGACCGAUAUUCGUUAUAUUGACACUUUUUAUUGGAAUGGCGAAAAAAUCCCUUUGGAACCAAAUGUUACUAUAGAUUAUAACGACAUACCUGUACAAAACGUUGUAAAAAAUCUUCUGAUUAUUGUGGAAAAUGAAGACUUGUUACAAUUAUAUACUGAAGGAGUCCGACGGUAUCCAUUUUUUGCACCGAUGUCUCAAUUUAUCGUUAUCAUAACCAAAAAUGCAACAAAUGAUUCAGAUGUAACAGUGAAGUCCAUGCUGGUAAAAUUAUGGAAUCAUUAUGGAAUAAAAAAUGUUUUAAUUUUCACCUGCUUUGGUGGUCUAAACGAUUUUUAUUGGUAUGAUCCUUUUGGUAAAGAAAAUGGAACCUAUGGUCUUGUACAAAAAGGUAUAGAUCAUAAUCAUCAUCUAAUAACAAGAAAAGUUACUGAUUACAAUGGUUAUCCAUUGAGAUUAAGUGCUUUUCACAGAUAUCCUACAGCGUUAGUAAAUAAAAUCAACGACACUAAAAUCAAUAAUAAAACUGAAACUGCAUAUGAAAUGAAGGGAUUGGAUGCAGUUGUUUUUAAAAAUUUGGCCAGUGAUCUGAAUUUAACAGCAAGAGUCAUUAUAUCAUCAAAAGAACGAUAUGGUUUCAAGGAUGAUACUACCCAAAUUUUUCUCGGAUCAGCCGGAGAUAUUCUUUAUCACCAAGCCGACAUAAACAUAAACAGCCGUUUUGUAAAAUAUUAUGAUUCUUAUGAAAUUGGAUUUGUGCACCCUAUAUUAACUGACCAAAUGUGUGUAGUGGUUCCAAAAUCCCAAGAGAUUCCUCAAUGGAGAGCGUUAUUUCAUUGUUUCAAGAACACUGUCUGGAUGACCUUUGCUUUGCUGAAUAUUUUGUGUGGUUGCAUUUGGUAUGGAAUCAAAUUGUUAUGCAAAUAUUUUAUAGCGAAAGAUAGAAAGUUGAAGGGUUUUGAAAAAAUACAAUAUAAUAUGUUUAUACUGAUGACAUCUGGACCAGUAACAUACUUGGGCAACAAUGCUGCUGAACAAGUGUUCAUCGCUGGAUGUUUAGUAUUUAAUAUAGUUGUUUCUGGAACAUUCCAGGGUUCUUUAACCAAAGCAUACACCGCAACUAUAUAUUAUCCUGACAUAAAUACUUUAGAAGAUUUGGAUGAAUCAGGCCUUUAUAUUUACACUAGUUCUCCUGGUAUGAUGGAUUUAUUUGGAAGUGGUAGCGAUGAUGAAGUGAUAAACGCCCUUGGUCGAAAACUUUGUCUUACAGAAAAAAGAAAGAGUAUAAAACUUGUCGCAAAAAAUAGAAAUAUUGCAUCAGUGGAACGUUAUGAUGACGCCAAGUUAUUGGAAACAGUUACUAUGUAUGGUCAAGUCCACGUAAUCCCUGAAUGUCCAAGAGAUUAUCAUAUAUCAUACAUUGUUAGAGUUGGAUGGCCAAUGCUUCCUGAUUUUGAUAAAAUGAUUUCGAGAUAUAUUGAAGCUGGACUUACAUUUUUGUGGUUUGAUCGUUCUGUAUAUGAAAUUGCUCUUCCUUUCAGGUACAAUAUGACUUAUGAAGAUCCUAUUUUCGCUUUUGAUUUGGAAGAUAUGCAAACGGCUUUUUACGUAUACACAGCCGGAUUACUAAUUUCUAUAAAUGUAUUUUUAUUGGAAAUAAUAUUGGGAAAGAAUGGACAAAGGAAAGAAUAA